AGGAAAACGAAACUUAACUGAGUUGUGCUCUGCUUUCACUUCAAUAUCGAUCAGGAUGGCAGAAGUAGUUCUAAAUAACCAAGAUCCAUUCAUUUGUUCUAUCUGUUUAGAUCUACUGAAGGAUCCGGUUACUAUUCCAUGCGGGCACAGCUACUGUUUAGUAUGCAUUGAUGGAUGUUGGGAUCAGAAUAGUCAAACGGACGUCUUCAGCUGCCCUCAGUGUCGUCAAAGCUACACCUCGAGGCCUGUUCUUAACAAGAGCACUGUGCUAACUGAGGUGCUGGACAAUCUGAGGAAGUCAGGAGUCCACAUCAACGCACACAGUUAUGCUGGACCUGGCGAUGUGGAAUGUGAUGCCUGCGCUGGAAGGAAACACAAAGCUGUGAAGUCCUGUCUGGUCUGUCUGGCUUCAUACUGUGCACCUCAUCUUCAGCCUCACUAUGAAUCACAAGCCUUUAAGAAACACAAGCUGGUUAAAGCCUCCUUCAAACUAGAGGAGAAGAUCUGCCCUCGACAUGACAAACUGCUAGAGGUCUACUGCUCCACCGACCAGCAAUGUGUCUGUCUGCUGUGUGUAAUGGACGAACACAAAGGCCAUGAUACAGUCUCAGCUGCAGGAGAAAGACUUGGAAAACAGAAGCAGGUGGGUGAGUUCCAGAAGACUCUCCAGAACAUCAUCCAGAAGACAGAACAGGAGGCCCAGGACCUGAGACAGGCUGUGAAGACUGUUAUGCAAUCUGCACAGGCGACAGUGGAUGACAGUGAGAGAAUCUUCACUAAGAUGAUCCGCUCCAUGGAGAAGAAGCGUUUGGAGGUGAAGGAGCAGAUCAGGGCCCAGGAGAAGGCUGCUGUGCAACGAGUUGAAGAAGUGCUGAAGCUACUGGAGAAGGAGAUUCUAGAGUUGAAGAAUCAAAACGCUGAAUUGGACAAGCUCUCACAUACAGAGGACCACAUACAUUUCCUCCAGAGUUUUCCGUCUCUCUUGUCCCAAGCUAAGCCUAAAGCUUUACCCAGCAUUAGCAUUAAGCCAAACUUGUCUUUCGACCAAGUGCGGAAACUGGUGUCGGGACUGAAAGUGCAACUGAAUAACAUUUAUGAUAAGGAGAUGAGCAAGAUAUCAAAAAAAGUGACUGAAGUUCAAAUAAUUCUACCUUUUGAACCCAAGACCCGAGAGGAGUUCUUAGAAUUUCCCUGCCAACCCACUUUCAACAGUAACACAGCAAGUGGAGCAUUGUGUUGUUCGGAAGAGGGUCGGAAGGUAACGUGGACUGAAGGGGAAAAGUAUCCUGAUCAUCCUGAACGAUUUACUCAUUUUGAUCAAAUCCUGUGUGAGGAAGGUCUGUUAGAAAGAUGCUACUGGGAGGUUGAGUUUCGUGGCUGGAUUGCUGUCGGAGUGGCAUAUCAAACCAUGGAGAGGAAAGGAGAUGGUAAAGAAAGUAAAUUAGGAGGGAAUGACCUGUCGUGGAGUUUGGAGUGCUCCCCAUCCUCAUGCUAUUUCCUCCAUGAUAAUAUUAAGACUAAAAUACGCUGUCGCUGUCCUCCCACAAAGGUAGGAGUGUACUUAGAUCACAAGGCAGGUACUUUGUCUUUCUACAAUACAUCUAAAAAAGUUAGCCUCCUUCACAAAGUGCAGGCUACUUUCACUCAGCCCCUAUAUCCUGGGUUUGGGGUGGGCUUGGAGUCUUAUGUAAGAAUCACAUCCUCCUAAAGGUAUAUUGAGAGUUGAUACAGCGGUAGUUAUUGUUUCGGUCGGCACAUUUUUCGAUGUAAAAAAUCCUAUGCUUCUAUGAUGUGAUGGUUAAACCCAGAACCCUCUCUGGGGGUUCUACCCAGAAUUUUCACAUUCUAAGAGUGCUUACAAGAACCCACCUAGGGGGUUCCACCAAAAACUUUUAUACUUCAAGGGUUUCUAGAACCCACCCAGAAUGAUUGAAUCCCACAUAUUGUAAAUUGUAAUCAUCCAUCACUUUAACAAACUAUGUUACAAUUAACAUUAGCAUUUUUUUAUGAGAAACAAUAGUAUUUACAAAUGAUGUAACAAUGAUGGAUAUAGAGGGGGGACUGACAGUAAGCCAACAGACCAGGUGAGGCUGUGUAGGUCCCAUGAGGAACAAGUCAAAUGUUAGCAUUUGAAGAAUAGUGGAAUCAGCAACAUAACAGAUAGGAGACCAGCCAUGUCAGACCAUCCUGUCAGACUAUCCUCAGCAGGGGAAGUCAUGUCCAGGUAUUGUGACAUACUGGAGCAGAGAGGGAAGAGGGACAAACACAAUCAGUAGCAACAUGCCAAGGUCCACUCACCACACCAGAUAAGGCAGUAAGCCAUCUACAACCAACGUGUUAUAGGGUCCAAUGAGAGCAGUACGACUUCUUAAUAAUGGUGACUGUGGAAAUUAUUGUAAAUGCCUUGUCCUCCAGCUCCUAUAUUAACAGUUGAAUAUUUUUCAAAGAAGAAAACAUAUAUAUAUAUAUAUAUACUGUAUUUGUGUUCUGGUUUUGAUAGGACAAGCAGACAUUGAUAAUACAUAAUAGCAUCUCACCAGAAAAGGCAUUUCUGCAGUGACCCAAACCCUCUUGUUUAAGCCACGGCACACUUUAACUUACCUUCUCUGAAGUUUCUCAUCUGUUAGUCAGUCAUGCUUUGUGUGAACAGAGUAUAGGGGUAUUACCAAAUGUGGAAUCCUAGAAGGUACUAGAAUUGUAAAGAUGCCCAAAUAAUCACUAUUGAUAUGUUACCCCUUUUUAGAGGUCAUGUGAUGACCUGGAUUCUGCUGGGUAGAUUGGUAAUGUAGUUGUUAUGUAUCUCAGCCUGCAUGCUUUUUGUAAGUGAUUUUCUAAUUAGUUCACCUACUGUAUAUCUUUACAUCAGUUGUGUUUGUACCUAUGCUCUUUCUUUAAUGUUUUAAGCAUAGUAAAUAAAUAUAAAUAAAAC